ACCAUUGUGCCAAAAAAAUAAACCCCACCAUUGUUCCUCCCCAGAACUUUCUCCAAAAUCAAAAGAGCAUCAAACACACAAUCUUGUCUGAGGAACAAAAUUCAGAAUCAAAAAACCAAAAACAAUGUCAGCAACAUCACCAGAAAUGAUUGUCAAGAACCGGUUCCUAGGGUUCCUCAUAUGGCAGUCCAUUCCCUCCACUGCCAUCUUCAUCCUCUUCAAAACAUUCAUCUCCACCAUCACCACCAGUACUUCUACUUCUAGUAGUAGUAGCAGAAACCCAUUACUCUCUUAUGCCCCGUCGCUCAUUACCCUCCUCACCUUCUUCACUUUCCACCUCUCACAGCUCCUCUUCUCUGCCUCUCUCUCACUCGUCUCCUCCCCCCACCCCCACCGUCCGGCCUACCCUUUUGAGCUCAUACUCGGUCUCGUCCGCUUUCUUCUUGUCUCGGACUCAUCAUCGGCAUCGGUGCCCGUCGAUUUUCGCUUCCGGGCUAAGGUUUCUUUGAGCUUUGUGUUGUUUGUGGCGGCUUGUGCUGUAUCAGGAUCGCUGGGAAUGGUUUCGAUGUGCUGGGUGAAAUCGAGCAGCUUUGAUGUUGAGUGGGUGAUUCGAGGUUUUGGGGUUGGAUUGCUUUACGGGUUGGUUUAUGUUUACAAGCGCAGAUGGGUUUUGGAGUUUCCCAUUAUUCAGCGUCCACCCUUCUUCAGCUUCAAGAUGGGGCUCCCUUCAGCUACUACAUGCGCUUUUGCGCUUUCGGGUGUGGCUUACCUUUUCUCAGCUGUUCUAGGAGCAAUUCUCCCAGAUCCCUUUAAGAGGCAGGUUACAGUGAGAAAGUACAUUGCUGAGCAGAUCAUCUUUUGGAUUGGAAGUUUUGCGAUGUUUCUCUGCUGGGAAUUAAGUCAUCAUUUACAUCGGGUGGUCUACUGA